CGAGGUCCAAAGCAGUUGGUUGAGAGCAGGAGAAGUGCUAGUGAAAGAUGUUGAAAGGCCACAAGUCUACAGGUGGUGUGCUGAACAGCUUCUGGGGCUUCAUGAAGAAGUCUCAGCCCCAGGCUCAGAAGAUCAACAAGACUGUGACUAACCCAACCAGGGUGUCAGCUACGCAGUUCCAGACACCAGACCGGUUCAAGUUCUUGUACAGCUAUGCGUCGUACGUGCACCAUGGCCCGGUGCGCAAGCCAGUGGUGAACUCGCUGAUGGAUCUGACGGACUCCAACUCGAACAUCUCGCUGCUGCCCAAGAGAAGGCUGUAUGGUAACCCAUUUGACACGUUGAGUAUCAAGAACGGCGACGACGCCAUGAUCGUGUCGCCAAACUUGCUGGGAGUGGCGGAUGGCGUGUCAGGAUGGAGUGGUGAACAUGCCGACUCUGGGCUGUUUGCAAGAUCGUUCUUGGAGAACAUCAGUAAGACCUUUACAGAGCUUUCUCACCAGAACGCAGAUGACCUGUCUCGUAUCACAGAGGCUGAUCUCCGUGACAGACUGGACCUGAGCUACAAGGAGAGCCUGGCUGUGAUGGAGAGAGAUAAGUAUAAGGGAAGUUCCACGUUGAUGGUGGCGAUGAUUAUCGAUUCGGAACUGAAAAUCCUCAACAUUGGUGAUUCCAGAAUCUUUAUCAUUAGAGAUGGCCAGAUUGCCUGGACCAACAGGGAACAGUACAUUGCAGACCUGUGUCCAGAGCAAGUUGGAACAACUGACAAGGUGAAACUGCCCUCGCAGGUGGUUGAGUUCUCCGAUUUCCAUCUAGAGGAAGAUGAUCUACUCAUGCUCUGUUCCGACGGAAUCACCGAUAACUUGUACGAAGAUGAACUCCUGGAGUUCAUCAACAGCCACCUGAACAAAGACCAUACCAACCUCGGCGAAGUCUGUCAUAAGCUGAUGAUCAAGGCCAAGUCUGUCGCAUUUGAUAACUACUGUGUCUCACCAUACGUUGAAAAGAUCAACGAAAUUGGCAACAACUUUAUAACAGGAGGCAAGCUCGAUGACAUCUCUGUGUGUCUUGCCAGAGUGGUUAUGAAUUACUAAAGGAGGCUUCGGCACAGCUCAACAAUACUGGGAAUCAGCUAACAGAUGGAAGGGUCACUUAUGGAAACGAUACAGC